GGUGGGACUGAAGCGCCGUGAUUACAGCUCUCCCCAGAGAAGAAGAUUGCUCUCUCCAGAUGCUGAUUUCUGAAGCACUUGGCAAUCAUCAGGCGGGAGCCUGAAAGAGGCGGCGGUAGCCGCCCCGGCCGCGGCGAUGGCAGCGGCGGGCGAGGGGGCAGCAGCGCGGGGCUGAGGGGCAGCCUCGCGAGGUGACGCUGCCGGCCGGACCUGAGCUGACCGGGCGCGGCUGUGCCCCGAGUCCCGCUCGCUCCGCGCCACCAGCCCGCUCGCAGACGCUUGUCGCCCGAGCAGGUGUCCCUGCGCUGGGGCACAGCGGGAGGGGCGCCGGGGCACCCAUGUGGUGACCCGCAGCGGUGGCAGCUCCCACGGGCGGCAGGGCAGGGGUGCCCUUCUGCAGCCGCGCCUCGGGUCGGAGGAGGCUCCCGCUCGCCCGUCCUUCUGGGCAUGGGUCCCCGACGAGGCUGAGCGCCCCGCCGCUGCCCUCCCCACUGCCCGUCGCGGCGCUGGCCGACUUGGGCGAGCCGGCGAUCAGCCAUGGCAGCGGCCAUCGCCAGCGGCUUGAUCCGCCAGAAGCGGCAGGCGAGGGAGCAGCACUGGGAUCGGCCCUCGGCCAGCAGGAGGCGGAACAGCCCCAACAAGAACCGCGGGCUCUGCAACGGCAACCUGGUGGACAUUUUCUCCAAGGUCCGCAUCUUCGGACUCAAGAAGAGGCGGUUGCGGCGCCAAGAUCCCCAGCUCAAGGGUAUAGUGACCAGGUUAUAUUGCAGGCAAGGCUACUACUUGCAAAUGCACCCCGAUGGAAGUCUCGAUGGAACCAAGGAUGACAGCAGUAAUUCUACGUUAUUCAACCUUAUACCAGUGGGACUUCGAGUUGUUGCUAUCCAGGGUGUAAAGACUGGCUUGUAUAUAGCCCUAAAUGGAGAAGGUUUCCUCUACACAUCAGAACUUUUUACACCAGAGUGCAAAUUCAAGGAGUCUGUUUUUGAAAAUUACUAUGUAAUCUACUCAUCCAUGCUCUACAGACAACAGGAGUCCGGGAGGGCCUGGUUCUUGGGGCUGAACAAAGAAGGGCAGGUCAUGAAAGGAAACAGAGUGAAGAAAACAAAACCAGCAGCUCAUUUUCUACCCAAGCCAUUGGAAGUUGCCAUGUAUCGAGAACCAUCUUUGCAUGAUAUUGGAGAAACAGUGCCAAAGGCUGGGGUAACUCCAAGUAAAAGCACAAGUGCGUCUGCAAUAAUGAAUGGCGGCAAACCAGUUAACAAGAGUAAGACAACAUAGCCAGAUCCUCACAGGUGUUGUGACUUACUGAGUCCCGAGUACAGUUGAGUAAUUUAUCCUUGCCAGACUUCCCCUCUGCGGUGUCUGUGGAUCAGCUUGCGGCAAGUCAGAGGCUUGCCUGUUGCCGUUUCUGAACUGAGUUGUUGCAAGUGGAUAAAUCUCAACAUGUAGCUCUACCCACAACAAGACACCUGGAUGAACCAGCUAAACUCAGACCAUGGAAUGCCCUACCAGAUAUUGGAAUGCCUUUUUAAUAUCUUUUCUGUGACUGUGACACUUCAUGUGAAUGACAUACUUCACAAGUACACUUGAUACCUUGCCUGCUGACAAUUGCCCAUAAUCCCUUUUUGAGUCCAGUUUCAGCAAAAUCCAUAUGUUUAAGUUCUAUUUUGUAGCACACAAAUAAUCAAGUAAUUUCUAGUUAGAUGCUGUAAACCUGUGCUAUUAUGGAUUUCUCUUCUUCCCUUUUUUAUAAGGCUGCUCGCUCCACUGUCUGUGAUCUUUUGCAGGGAUUGUGUUUCUCUAUAACUUAAGUGUUGACGGUGGCUUAGUUUUGAAAGUAAUCAGGGAAUCAGGAAGCCUUCAAAAAUCUCUUAUUACAAAUUAUAUCUAUAAAGAAUAGGAUUGUUGUCUCUGGCUUACGAUAUUGAUUAUAUGUGAAUACUCUUUAGUAACAGAUACUGUGCUUCUGAGGUUGGUAUUAUAGCAGAGGGAAGAGUGUCAAACACAACCAACAGGAAGUUUUCUGAAACAAGUGUUUGGCAAUCCCCUAUAGUUUCUUUUUGUGUGUGUGUUUUAUACAUGUCACAGGCUUACUGGUAAUGGUAACAUUUGCCUUGCCCAGCGAGCAAGACCCACUCAUUUUUGGGAAAGUGGGUCCAAAGAAUUUUGUAGGCCUUGUAGGCCUGAAUUAAGGCUCAUUUUUCAUCUACUAAAUCUUCAUUAUUUGAAAACAACCACCACCAACAACAAUUUAAAAAAAUAAUAACAAUAAGCCUAACCAGAAUCGCGCUACCUAAACCCAUUUCAAAUAUAAUCCUUUCCUGUUUUUAAGGAACUGAACUUAAUGCCACUGUUAUUUUUUGGCUGAAUCCCACACCUACUUAGCAAAGCAUGGGCAAGGAUGUUGUGUUCUUUUUUGCAGCACCAAUGCAAAGGAUAGUUACAAAUUAUAGUUUAAUAUUUCUGGUGUUUUAAAAAAAAAAAACAAACAGGUUUAAAACUGGACAUACUACAAGACUUCAUUUUUAUUUUUUAGGUACGCAUGCAAUGUCCGGUCCUAUGUAUCUCACUGGUAUCACAGUACAAACCUUCACUGAGCUUCCUAGGAUGACACACCCACCAAAUUGCUAGAUUGAAGGUGCCUUGCCUUGAUCUCUGUAUACUGUACUUUCUCCUACAUCAACCUAGAAGAAAUCAAAACCAUGAUAAAACUGAAGCCUUGGAUCAUGUUACCAGAAACAACAUCGAACCUUUGAGUUUGUCACUUGUGAACAAGCAAAAGCAGCACUGCAGGGCGGGGGCGAAGGAGAAUGUUUUUAAAAUGCCACAGAGAUGCCACUGAAGUGUUGCACACUUAAGGCACAGGCUUCCAGAAAAGUAAAAAUAAGGGUACUCUCUGUAUACUUCAGAAGGUAUUUGUUUCUCAGAAAGGGCAACAAGGACCAAACUGUACCUCAGUCUGGAAAGCUGUGCGGUAAUGCUCACUUGGCCUCUUGCUCUUAGUUGAUAUUUUAAGACACACUCUAGAAAAUUUAAAACAAAA